CGCAGUCUUAGCAUAUGUCUCUCUACCGUGCGUCCGCGUGAGCAGUUCAAUGGUGUGUGUGCGUAUUCACACAUAAAACCUAGAAGUUAGUUUCUCGACGUUGGCGACACUGAAACGAAGUUUCGUAUUGUCACCGCGCGAGGUCUCCAACAUCAAUUCGGAGUUCGGCCGUGACUCCUGUCGACCCUUAAUUGAGAUCCCAUAAUUUGAUACCAUAUGCAAUUUUACAAUGGAAAAUAAUAGCAAUGAAAGUGGGAAACCGCGUGAAACAGUAACAUUAAUUCUCAAAGAGAUGCAAUUUAAAGUUGAUAAGCAAAAACUAAUCGACAAGAGUAAGUAUUUUGCUGCGCUUCUGUCUACGAACUUUUUAGAAUGUGGACAGACAGAACACGUUAUCAACUAUGAUAUUUCCCCGAUAUCGCUGCAGGACUUCAUUGAUUGGAUUCAUCAUGACAAAAUCGUAUUUACAUCAGCUGUUGCGUUAAGUUGCGAUUUUAAAAAGUUACGAUAUGUCUUGUAUUUGAAGUUUAAAAGGCUUAAUCGUCUCUUGAUUCUGUUGGAAUUAAGCGUUCUAUUUGCAGCAGAUAAAUUAAUAAAAGAUGUAACCGACCAGCUGACCAGAAACUUUAUGUCACCACGAUAUGCGAUUAAAAUUUGGUUACUGGCACAAGAAUUGAAUAUUAAUGUGCUACGAGAUCUUUUUUUGGCUGUUUGUUUAGAUCGUUUUGAUGAACUGCCACUCGAUUCAAUUUGUAAGUUGUCGAGAGAAAAUUUUUUGAAGUUAAUUGGAAACAUUAAUGUAAAAGCUACAAAGUCUUAUUUGCGAAAAAUCACACACCAGUGGAUGAACCAUCAUCAAGGUUUUACAGUAUCUUUAGAAAAUAUAAAGAGCAAAGAAGCAAAAAUUUUACACGGUAUUGCAUCUUGUGAACAUAAUAACCGUGAACAAUAUGUUCAUUGCUGGGAUGGUAAUAAUUUUUUUGAGCUAACUUCAUUCGAAUAUCCUCCAGAAAUUAUUAAACGUUGUUCCCGCCUUGGUAGAACUCUUGAAGGAAUGCAAAUCACUGCCAGAAGAUACGAUUUAUAUCUUUGUGGCGGAGAAUAUGGUAUUGGUUCAGGAAAAAUGAACAAAAAUAUAUGGCGUUAUUCUUUGAUAUCUAAGAGAUGGUUUCGUGAGACAGAAAUGCCAGUUGAGAGAAGACAUAUGAUUGUUGUGUGUUUGAAAAACAAAUUGCUGCUUGUAGGCGGUGUGGGACGGGAUAAACAAAAACUGAAGACUGUUGAUAUCUAUAAUAUCCAUACAGGUGAUUUUAAUUGUUUUAUCGAUAUCUAUUUUCCUGAUGAAAAUGUAUGGAAAGUCGAAUAUUCUGAAAUAUUUGUAUCUGAACCAUCUGCCGAUGUGCCAGUUUUGACGCUUCAAACUAUGCCAUGUUACAUUGAUAUUGUUGACCGAGAGAAGUUAGUUUUAAGAACUAUCACAGACACGUGCAACAUGGAAGGUUGUAAUCAUAUAAUGAAGACUUUACCUUGCUCAAUCAAUAGAGGGAGAAAUCAGAAAGCAUUCUUCGCUCUAAGGCCUCUAAGUCCAUUCUUUCGCGAGUAUGGCGAACCAACUGCACUAUUAUGUAUGGAUCACGUAAUACGCGACUCAAGUCCGUUACAUUUGCAUAGUAUUCCUAUUCGGGAUCCAAAAAAGUUCAGUUCUUUGAUCUUAACCAAGAACUCAGAGUCCUUUACGAAAAAACGGCACGUUAAUUGGCUACCGCAUCGCUCCUUGCCGAGCUGCAAGCAGCAAGCGAUUCCGCAUCCUGUGUGCACUGUGUCCAGAAGUGCUGAGGAUCAAGUUGAGAGUGCAAGAUCCCAAGAGUCGAGAGAGUAG